AUGUUCGUCUUGGGGCUGGUGACAGCCUUCAGCCUUCUCCCGCUGGUUUACGCCGACGGUUAUUCUUGCAAGCCAUUGGUUGGUUCUUUGUCAGUUAAAAGCGAUAGAUUUUUUUAACGGUGUUGGAUUUCCCAAAAACUCUCAGCUCAUCUUAGAACUCCUAAAUGAAUUAUUUCAAGGAGCAAGGAUCGAAAGGAGUUCUAUUUGCGACUCUUGAGCGGCACCUUGAAGGAGGGGACAACAUCACGAUUUACGCAACCGCAACUAGCGACAUCAAAAAGUCGGUUACGAAAUUUUGAGCAUAUCAUAAGAAUUGAUUUGUCAGGCGAAGAAUUUAUUUGUUGCCAGGCGAGAACCGAGAAACCAACAACACCUACUACUCUCUUGAAAUAGGCUCCAAUAGCUUAGACAAUCAAAACUAUACUUAUUACUCGAGCAAGGUGAGAAAAAUAUUCCAUAUUUAUUGCAAAAUGCUUUCAAACUUCAAAAUAUUGAUCAAAGUCUGACUUUCCGUUAUUUUUAAAAGAAUAAAUUUUUUCAUAUAGUCCGCCCGCCGCGACUUGACAUUUUUCGCGUGCCUGCGUCUAUCUGUUCCCUCACCGGCGAGGUCAGAGAGACAUGAAAAAAGCACGUAAAGAGGAGAAAGAGGUCGAGAGAUAAGGAGGGCGCAGAGAAGUCUCGCCCUAUCAAGUCGCGAAAAACAGAAUAUAUAUGUUUUAUUCAAUUUUUUUAUUUACUGGGGAGCUACUCCGGCUCGGGGGAGCGUAUCAAAUUGAAAUAUAUGGUUUCUGGAUCUGAGUGAGAGUUUUAGAAUCAAGAAAGAUUAUCUGCUAACCGCAAAAUCUUCCGAGAAAAAGCUUCUCGAAGAAAUUGAGAAAGUGCCCUGUACGCGCCUGGAUCGUACUCUACCACCGAGGUGGUCUGGCGAGCCUGUCUCAUGUUUGAAUAUUUUUGAGGAGGUUCGGACUUUGUAUAAGAACGAGAUUUGAAAUGAUUUGAUAAACUUAUCAAUUUACUUUCUCUUACCGAACGCAAUCAGAAAAAAAAUUUCAACGAAAUCUAAGAAAAAAAAACGUCAAUUUCCUCGAUUUCUUCAAGCAACUUUUUCUCGGAAGCCCAUGAGGUCCAGGAGAUAAUCUCUAGAGAUUAUAGAGUUCUUAACCAGAUCUAAAAGCCACCGUAGUUUCAACUUGAUACGCGUCCCCGAGCCCGAGUAACUCCAUAGUUAGGUUGAUCCUGAAAGCCUCGUUUAGUGCAGGCAUGGUUCUGAAAGCGCUGGUUAUCGUGGAACUUACUCUGGUCAUUUCGUGGAAGGAAAGAAGUUCAAGUUGGCGAUCAAGUGAGUUUUAUCUCGAACUUUUUUUAUUUUCAACUGGAUAACUCUCCCUGAGUUGAAAAGUUAGAUCGGAUGUGUUCGGGAAACAAAGAGAUUAAAAAUUUUUAAAAUUUCGAAAGUGAAAAAAAAAUUCGCUUUAGAGUGAGACAAGACGGCUACUACAUCUUUCGUGAUGAUAAACUGCUUUGGACGUUGAAUAACCGCGAGCCUUUCUACGACAGCGUCAAAUCGAUUGCUGUGGUUGGUUUCAAGCUUGACAGCCCAACAAAGUAAGAAUUUCUCAAUAUUUAUGAAGAAAUCUGUUUCCGGAAUGGACUGAGUAAUAACUGAAAAUUUGUCAUGAAAACAUUUUCAGGACUUGCGAGAAAGCUAAAGAUCUUAAAGUAAACGAGAAUGACAUGGAUAUUGUUAUUUCCAGCGGAGUCGUCGAAACCCGAAGUAAGAAAUAACCGAAUUUUCAAGGAAAAUGUUGGAAAAACUUUCAGCCAGGUACCGGAAGUAG